AUGGCAAACCAGCAUGGGUCGGAUGUCCACCAUUCCAUCUCUGGGCAGCUAGCUGUGAUCAUGUACAGGAGGUUGACGGUCAUGAAAUACAUCGGGGAAUUGCUUUGGAUCUUGAGUGAAGCAGGAUGGAUUCUGCUGAUCCCGCAGGUUUGCAUCCCGGCAUCGUUUCUGGCUUUUGUCUUCAUCUUUGCUGCAGCUGCGCUGGACUGCUUGACUGGUCGGAUGGAAGUAUGGAUCCCUUCUGCGCUGCAGGCACUAUGGCUUUUCUGGAACUUUGUCUGGAUGUUGGAUGAGGUGUUUUGGGAUGAGCCAGACCAGCAAACACCAUGGGCCCUGACGCCAAUGUUGGGCAAGGAUGAGAAGCUCUACAAAGCUGUCCAGGAGUACUGCAAAAUUGGUUUCUUUCUGGCACCCGUGCUGUGGAUGGCUGCGAUUCUACUUCGGCUGGCACAAAGUGGCCACGAGGCGCGCUCAAAGUCAAGCGUGCAAGAGCUUAUCUGCCAUGCUGGUUAUAUUGCCAUGUGGUCCUCCACCGAUGGUUUCUGGGCUUGCGGCUACUUCUGGCCAGCCACCGUGACCAGUGUGGUUACUUUGAUAAUGAUUGCUGCUAGCACUGUGGACGAUUGCAGCCGGAUGACGGACCACAUGGAUCGAACGGAUGUUGUUUGGAUGCUUUGGACGCUUUCCAACUACACUUGGAUUUUGCUGGAGCUUUCCUUCAAGGAUUGGCUGCCUUGUCGAUAUUUGGCAACAAUGAUUUGUCUUCAGUCGCUGGCCCUGCUGGCGGUGAGUUGGCCACAAUUUCGGCUACGAGAGGAGGAGGAGGAUGUCAAUGGUGAACCUGGAUCUGCCCAGUGGCCAGAUGAAUUGGCAGCAUCCUUGAGAAAAGCCGAUUCCUUGUUACACGUUGGCUAA